AUGUUUUGGAAGUUCGAUCUUCACUCAUCAUCCCACAUAGACACACUUCUAGAGAGAGAAGAUGUAACACUGAAGGAGUUAAUGGACGAGGAAGAUGUUUUACAGGAAUGCAAGGCCCAGAAUCGCAAGCUUAUAGAGUUUCUGUUAAAAGCAGAAUGUCUCGAAGAUUUAGUCUCAUUCAUUAUAGAAGAACCACCUCAAGACAUGGAUGAAAAGAUCAGAUACAAGUACCCAAAUAUAUCCUGUGAGCUGCUCACUUCCGAUGUCUCCCAGAUGAAUGAUAGACUGGGAGAAGACGAGGCCUUGCUCAUGAAAUUAUAUAGCUUCCUCCUAAACGAUUCCCCCUUGAACCCACUACUUGCCAGUUUCUUCAGCAAGGUGCUAAGUAUUCUUAUCAGCAGAAAACCUGAACAGAUUGUGGGCUUCCUGAAGACGAAGCGUGACUUUGUAGACCUUCUCAUCAAGCACAUAGGCACCUCUGCUAUCAUGGACCUGCUGCUCAGGCUCCUGACCUGCAUCGAGCCCCCCCAGCCCAGGCAGGAUGUGCUCAACUGGUUAAACGAGGAGAAGAUCAUCCAGAGGCUUGUGGAAAUUGUCCAUCCAGCUCAGGAGGAAGAUCGGCAUUCAAAUGCAUCUCAGUCGCUCUGUGAAAUUAUUCGUUUGAGCAGAGACCAGAUGUUACAAAUUCAGAACAGUGCAGAACCAGAUCCCCUGCUCGCCACUCUAGAAAAGCAAGAAAUCAUAGAGCAGCUGCUGUCAAAUCUUUUCCACAAGGAGAAAACAGAAUCGGCCAUCGUUAGUGUGAUCCAGAUACUGCUGACAUUACUUGAGACGCGCCGGCCCACAUUCGAAGGUCAUAUAGAAAUCUGCCCACCAGGCAUGAGUCAUUCAGCUUGUGUGGUCAACAAGACUGUUCUCGAAGCCAUCCGAGGAAGACUUGGAUCUUUUCACGAACUCUUGCUUGAGCCACCCAAGAAAAGUGUGAUGAAGACCACGUGGGGUGUGUUGGACCCUCCUGUGGGGAACACCCGCCUGAACGUGAUCAGGUUGAUCUCCAGCCUUCUGCAGACAAACUCCAGCAGCAUCAACGAGGAUCUGAUGGAGCUGAAUAGCAUCGGCGUCAUCCUGGACAUGUUCUUCAAGUACACCUGGAAUAACUUCCUGCACACGCAGGUGGAGAUUUGUGUGGCACUGAUCCUUGCAAGUCCUUUUGACAACACAGAGAAUGGCACGAUAACCGACCAGGAUGCCGCAGGGGACAGUUUGUUGCUGAGACAUCUCUUUCAAAAAUGUCAGCUCAUAGAACGGAUACUUGACGCCUGGGAGAUGAAUGAAAAGAAACAGGCGGAGGGAGGCCGGCGGCACGGGUACAUGGGCCACCUGACGAGGAUAGCCAACUGCAUCGUGCAUAGCACCGACAAGGGCCCCGGCAGCGCGGCAGUACAGCAGCUCCUCAAAGAUCUUCCAGAUGAUGUCCGGGAGCGAUGGGAGACGUUCUGCACAAGCUCCUUAGGAGAAACAAACAAGAGGAACACGGUAGAUCUAGUCACAACCUGCCAUAUUCAUUCAUCCAGUGAUGAUGAAAUUGACUUUAAGGAAACGGGUUUCUCACAGGACUCCUCUUUGCAGCAAGCCUUUUCUGAUUAUCAGAUGCAACAAAUGACGUCCAAUUUUAUUGACCAGUUUGGCUUCAACGAUGAGAAGUUCGCCGAUCAGGACGACAUUGGCAGUGUUUCUUUUGAUCGGGUGUCAGACAUCAACUUCACCCUGAACACAAAUGAAAGUGGAAACAUUGCCCUGUUUGAAGCAUGCUGUAAGGAGAGGAUACAGCAAUUUGAUGAUGGUGGCUCAGACGAGGAAGACAUCUGGGAGGAAAAGCACAUUGCAUUUACCCCAGAAUCUCAGAGACGGUCCAGUUCAGGGAGCACAGACAGUGAGGAGAGUACAGACUCAGAAGAGGAAGACGGAGCAAAGCAAGACUUGUUUGAACCCAGCAGUGCCAACUCGGAGGACAGAAUGGAGGUCGACUUGAAUGAACCUCCCAGCUGGUCAGCCAACUUUGACGUCCCCAUGGAGACGACCCACGGUGCUCCCUUAGACUCGGUGGGCUCUGACGUCUGGAGCACGGAAGAGCCGAUGCCAACGAAGGAGACAGGCUGGGCAUCCUUCUCCGAGUUCACAUCUUCCCUGAGUACAAAAGACUCUUUCAGGAGUAAUUCGCCUGUGGAAAUGGAGACCAGCACCGAGCCCCUGGAUCCGCUGACCCCCAGUGUGGCUGCCCUCACAGCACAGCCAGAAGCGCCGGGCAGUGUGGCCAUGGAUGCCAGCUCUGAUGGGGAGGAGGACCCCGAGAGUCCAGACAAGGUAACUGAGACAGUGAUGAAUGGCGGCAUGAAGGAAACCCUCAGCCUCACUGUAGAUGCCAAGACCGAAACUGCCGUCUUCAAAAGAGUGUUGAAGUCCUACCGCGAAGACGGAAAACUGUCUACCUCUCAAGAUGCUGCUUGUAAGUGCGUCGGGGAGGAGAGCCCUGAGAUGGCGGAGCCCAAGCCCGUGCCCUCCUCGGCCCCCGGCAGUAGCCCAGAGCAGAGGACUGACCAGCCAAGUAUGCCCGGCGACACAUCGGUCAACGGCCCCGUAUGA